AGCUAGCAGUGGUGCCGCGCUGCUAGCGGGGAUCUAGCAGCUUGUGGGCGGGAUCUUGACUCGGCGGGGGUGGUGCCGGCUCUGCCUGCUCUUUAUCUCUGGGGCUUGACCUUGACCCAUUUGUUGUGUGAAUAAAAAUAGACCAGGGAGGGCGGGAACCGGUUCCCGCCCACACAACACAAGCCAGAAGGUGUGGAAAGGUGCUCUGGCCACCUUGGGUGGAGGUAGUCAGUGUGUGAGGGCCACUAGCACUUCAUUGCCCAUUCAUUAAGGCAGCAGUGGGGAGCAGAGGCUGUGUCUUGUGUCAGCAAGGGUGGGUGCUCUUGUCUUUUUCUGAGGUGACUGGCUCUCCUGUUUACACUGACACCCCCCCUUCAGUCAUGGUCCUCACCAGGAAACGUGCUUCCCAUGCGAAGACUGUGGCAACCCAGACAGAGGGUCUGCUUAAUGAUGUGGCGGUUCAGGUCUCUGGCUGCCGGGAGUGCCUCAGCCUGCUGCUGCCGGGGGAGGAUGGGAAGGAUGCCACUUGUGUGCGGUGUGAGCAGCUGGAUGAGCUGCUCAACCUGGUGGUGGAGCUUAGGGAGGAGUCAAACAGGGAGAGACAGCUUGAGAGAAGAUGAGGAAUGGCAGCUGGUCUCAUCCCGGCGUCGCAGGCAACCCCCAAGUUCUCGACCUACCUCGGUUCCCCUGAUCCCUCUCUGUAAUAGGUAUGAAACCCUGAAACCAGAGGGAGAGGUGACUGAUGAUAAUGUGGGAGCACUGCCGCCAAGCUUGCCUAAGGUGAGGCGGUCAGCUCCGCGUUUAAAGACUGCCUCCUCCAAGAAAGAAAGGAGAGUGGUAGUUGUAGGUGACUCUCUUCUGAGAGGAACAGAGGGUCCAAUAUGUCGUCCUGACCCUACCCGUAGGGAGGUGUGCUGCCUUCCUGCAGCCCGGGUCAGGGAUAUUUCUAGAAAACUCCCCAGCCUUAUCCGCCCCUCUGAUUAUUAUCCUCUAUUGAUAGUUCAGGCCGGCAGUGAUGAGAUCCCUGUUAGAAGCCUGAGGAUUAUAAAAAAUGAUUUUAGGAGACUGGGGAAGUCAGUUGAUGGAGCGGGCAUACAAGUAGUGUUUGCCAGCAUUCCCUUGGUGACAGGGAUGAACGCUGAAAUGACCAGGAAAAGCCAUCUUAUAAAUGCAUGGCUGAGAGGCUGGUGCAAGCGUAAAAAUUUUGGAUUCUUUGAUCAUGGGGUGGUCUAUUCGGCAUCUGGCCUGAGGUCUGAUGAUGGGAAUUGCUUGUCUCCAAAAGGGAGACGGAUACUUGCCCAGGAGCUGGCGGGACUUGUAGAGAGGGCUUUAAACUAGAUAGGAAGGGGGAGGGGGAUAAAGCCAGGCCUGCUAGAGAGCAGCCUGGGGAAGUGGUAGUGGGAUUAGGUGAGAGGCGAGGGGCUCAGCUGAGGUGCGUCUACACUAAUGCACGCAGCAUGGGCAACAAACAAGAAGAGUUGGAAGCCAUUGUGCAGCAGGCAAACUAUGACCUAGUUGCCAUAACGGAAACGUGGUGGGAUUGCUCCCACGAUUGGAGUGCUGCAAUGGAUGGCUAUAAACUCUUCAGGAAAGAUAGGCAAGGAAGGCGGGGUGGAGGUGUAGCUCUCUAUGUUAGGGAAUGCUUUUACGCUACUGAGAUUAUGACUGGGGACGAUAACGUUGAAUCCCUAUGGGUAAAGAUCAGAGGAAGGGCUGACAAGACAGGCACCCUGGUGGGCGUCUGUUAUAGACCCCCAAAUCAAGAUGAAGAAACAGACGAGAUAUUCUAUAAGCAGCUGGCACAAGCUGCACAGUCGCCUGCCCUUGUCCUCAUGGGGGACUUUAACUUCCCUGACGUAUGCUGGGAGUACAGCACAGCACAGAGGAAGCAGUCUAGGAGGUUUCUGGAAUGCGUAGAGGACAACUUCCUGAUACAGCUGGUCGGGGAGCCCACGAGAGGAACUGCCCCACUAGACCUGCUGUUCACAAACAGGGAAGGUUUGGUGGGAGAUGUGGAGGUUGGAGGCUGUCUUGGACAGAGUGAUCAUGAAAUGAUAGACUUCGUGAUUCACGGUGGAGCCUGGAGGGGGAAUAGUAAUACUGCUACCUUGGACUUCAGGAGGGCGGACUUUGAAUUGUUCAGGGGACUAAUAGGGGGAGUCCCCUGGCAUUCAGUCCUAGCGAGCAAAGGGGUCCAAGAGAGCUGGUUGCUCUUCAAAAAGGAAGUCUUAAGGGCGCAGGAGCAGGCAGUCCCCCUGAGCUGCAAAAUGAGCCGGCGGGGAAGAAGACCGGCGUGGAUGAAUAGGGAGCUAUUCCUGAGGCUCCGGGAGAAAAAGAGAAUCUACCGCCUGUGGAAAGAGGGACAGGCCACUCAAAAUGAAUACAGGGAAGUUGUUAGGAUGUGUAGAGGUGAAAUCAGAAAGGCAAAAGCUCAGCUUGAAUUUAACCUAGCUGCUGGUGUGAAAAGGAAUAAGAAACUCUUUUAUAAAUACGUUAACAGUAAGAGGAGGACAAAGGAGAAUAUCCACUCUUUGCUGGAUGAGGCUGGGAAUGUGACCACUGAGGAUAAGGAAAAGGCGGAGGUUCUGAAUGCCUUCUUUACGUCUGUCUUUAAAAGUCAGACCAGUUAUCCUCAGGAUACCCCUCUCUCUGACCUGGUAAUCUCGGCCGGGAAGCACACUAACCCCCCUGUGAUUCUGAAAGAAACAGUCAGAGGCCUACUGCUCCAGCUGGACUGUCACAAGUCGAUGGGGCCAGAUGAGAUCCACCCGAGAGUGCUGAGGGAACUGGCGGAGGUGAUAGCCGAGCCGCUUUCCAUCAUCUAUCAGCGCUCCUUGUUGACUGGUGAGGUCCCAGAUGACUGGAGGCUUGCCAAUGUGACUCCCAUUUAUAAGAAAGGUCGUAAGGAGGAUCCGGGGAACUACAGGCCUGUCAGCCUGACCUCGGUGCCAGGGAAGGUUAUGGAGCAGAUUGUCUUGAGGGAGAUCAUGCGGCAUGUGCAGGGUGACCGGGGGAUCAGGCCUAGCCAGCAUGGG